CGUGGAGGACGCGUCAAAUUAAUCCCAGCAAAGCCCGGACUCCCCGGGACAACUCCAAUUUGCUUUUAUCGAGUGGAGAUCGCGUAUGUGCUUCCAAGAAAGAAGAGGGCACCCCGCGCACGAAUAAGAUCUUAUUUGGAUUCCUCCGAGACUUGUUCCUCCUUUUCUUCUGCCUCGCGCGGACGCGAUCAGCCAUUUGAAGGGGUUCCUAUAUCCCCAAACAUAUAGGCAAAUGGAGCAAACCUAUGGAGAGGUGAACCAGUUAGGCGGCGUAUUCGUCAACGGGAGACCUCUGCCAAACGCCAUCCGGUUACGGAUUGUGGAACUGGCCCAGCUCGGGAUCAGACCCUGUGACAUCAGCCGGCAGCUGCGAGUCUCUCACGGCUGUGUGAGCAAGAUUUUAGCCCGCUACAACGAAACGGGCUCCAUCUUACCGGGCGCCAUCGGAGGAAGCAAACCGCGCGUCACUACGCCGAACGUGGUGAAAAAUAUCAGGGAAUACAAACAAAGUGACCCCGGGAUCUUCGCCUGGGAGAUCCGGGACAGGCUUUUGGCGGAUGGGGUUUGUGACAAAUACAACGUCCCGUCGGUGAGUUCCAUCAGCAGGAUUUUACGCAACAAGAUCGGGAAUUUGUCGCAGCCCAGCCAGUAUGAAAGCGGCAACAAAGCCUCGGCGCAGGCCGCGCUUCCCUACAAUCACAUCUACCCCUACUCCUACCCCAACGCCAUGUCGCCCACUGCCACAAAAAUGGGCAGCCCUCCUGGAGUGCCGGUGACGGCUGGACAUGUGAGCAUAUCCAGGGCCUGGCCUUCUGCGCACACUGUCAGCAACAUCCUAGGGAUCAGAGCCUUCAUGGAUCCUGCAGCCAUUGCUGGGACGGAGGGAUACGCACCGAAAAUGGAGGAGUGGAGUAGCGUCAACAGAGCAGCUUUCCCCGCAGCGCACACCGUCAACGGGAUUGACAAGUCAGCCCUAGAGGCCGACAUAAAAUACGCACAGCCGUCCUCCACACUGUCCAGUUAUGUCUCCGCGUGCGCGUACUCUCCCUCCAACCAGUACGGGGUGUACAGCGGGCCGGCGGGCGGCUACGUGGCCCCGGGCCACCACCACUGGCAGGCGCAGGGCCCUGCACUGACGCACGCGGGCGGCGGCAUGAGUAUGCACGCGGGGGAAAUCCACUCGAUGGCCUUCAAACAUCCGGCCAGAGAAGGAGACAGAAAACCACCCAGUCCCCUGAACAAGCAGCAACAUGAAGACUUGAACAGUGUGCAUGGACUCAGUCUGCCUACCUCAUCAUCAUAACCCGGAUUUAUUCACCCUUAAAACCCAAAGACCCGCUUAACUGAACCCGUUUCAACAUCUCCAACAAUAAGUGGGAACAGUCUGGCCCCUGCAUCCUGUCGCUUUGCCGGUUUUUAUGAAUGUAAGCUCGCGUGGAAGCGUCAAUGUGCUGUCAUUGGUAAAUAUUUUGUUGUGGAAGCUACAGAUUGUUAUUAUUAUUAUUAUUUUGUAAUAGUCCACUGAUGUUUUGUUUGAGGCCUUUGUGUUGAUCCAAAUCCGAAUUGGUGCCACAGUGACGCAACGAUGUGAACAAAGAUAUUAAAUUGUCUAAAUGUAAAAUAUUUUCCAAAGCUUUAAUUAUAUAUUUUUCUAAUGUCGUUGUAAGUAUUCCAUAUAAAAAAAUAAAAUAAAGGCUUUCUUUAAAUUGU